GACGGAGGAUGCAGCUGCCCAGGAGAUGUCGCCAAAGCGUUUGGAGCCGGUGCUGACUUUGUCAUGCUUGGAGGAAUGUUUGCAGGCCAUGACCAGUGUGCUGGAGAGAUUAUGGAAAAGAAUGGCAAGAAGGUGAAACUCUUCUAUGGAAUGAGCUCUGAUACAGCCAUGAAGAAGCAUGCAGGAGGGGUUGCUGAAUACAGGGCUUCGGAGGGCAGAACUGUGGAGGUACCAUACAGAGGGGAUGUGGAGCACACCAUCCUGGACAUCCUUGGGGGGCUGCGCUCCACCUGCACCUACGUGGGAGCUGCCAAGCUCAAGGAACUGAGCAGGAGAACAACGUUCAUCCGCGUCACCCAGCAGCACAGCCAGGUCUUCUCUUAG